AUGAAAAGUAAGAUAACCAUGCCGGAAAUACGCAAUGGGACUACAUAUUCACAACCAAGUAUUUUUCUGUGCACUCUUCUAUGUUGCUGGAUCCUUGUAAAUCCAGUAAGGGGCUAUUCAUUGAAAAAAUGCACAGUCCGUGAAUCUCUCAAUGAUACCAACAUGAAAGUAAUCUGUGGAAAGAAGAACCUCCAAGCCAUACCGGAAGACAUUCCAAGAAAAGUAAGAUCUUUAGACCUUUCCAUCAACAACAUUGUGAUGAUCAAAACAUUUGAUUUCAAAGAUCUCUCAGCCCUCAAAUCUUUAAACAUGUCCUGCAACCGGAUCUCUCAUGUGGACGAUGAGGCUUUUUCAGACCUGGUCGUUCUUCAGGAGCUGAAUCUAGCCAAUAACAGACUCAACACCCUCUCAGACCACCUGUUUCAGGGCCUAGGCAACCUCUCCGUUCUUCGACUAGACCACAACCACAUCAAAACCAUUUCAUCCUCUACCUUUCAGAAUCUCUUUAGCUUAAAUGUACUAAACUUAACCGGCAACCAACUUUAUGUUCUAAAGAAGGUUCAGACAGUCUUGCUAUUCACACACCUGCAGGAGUUGUACAUUGCAAGCAACGGAUUUACCUUUUUCCAGUCACAGGACAUAUCAAAUAAGUCCAUAGGACUGAGAGUGCUGGAUUUAUCCCAGAAUCCAAUGAGAAUCUUCAGGAUCACAGCUGAUGUUCUUCCUAAACUCCACUAUUUAAACCUCUCUGACUCUGGUCAAAAUGGAAGCAUGACAUGGGACGUACCAGACAGAUCUUUUCUGAGUAAUAUGAAAAGUCUCAAUUUGAGCGGUGUCCACAUGUCUUUGAAGGAAAUGAGUGUGGUACUGCAGAGCCUCAACUCAUCAUUAUCAUCUCUCAUACUGUCUCAUUUAGGGGAAGAUAGGAUCACGGCUCUCGCCAACAUUGCCUGCCAUAUUACUACACUGACAACACUCCGUCUGCGUUAUAACAACAUGAGGGUUGUCUCUGAGGAACUGCUUAAGUCCUGCACAUACUUGACUAAAUUGGAUAUAUCCCAUAAUGCUCUUACUCAUCUGUCUCAUCAGUCAUUCAGCUCAAUGAAGCAACUGACUACUCUAGAUCUAAGUAACAAUAGGCUUUCUUCUGUGCCAAAUGCCACUCAUAAUAUCCAAUCGCUGACAAUCUUGGAUCUCAGAUACAAUACCAUCAAUAAACUAGGCUCAUUCGAUUUUGCCAAUCUGACAGGACUAACAUACCUCCGUCUUUUCCACAAUGAAAUCACUGACAUUAAAGGAACUGAUUUUCAAGAUUUGCAGGACUUAAAACUCCUAGAUCUGGGAAGAAACAGUAUCCCAUCUUUACGUUAUGUUUUUAAGAAUUGUUUGCAAAAACUAGAAAACUUGCAAUUGGGAGGCAAUAUGAUAAGAACUAUCCAUAAAGGAGACUUUGAAAGCCUACAAUCCCUCAAAACUUUGAUUUUAUUUGACAACCGAAUUGACACUGUGGAAGAUGGGGCCUUUCAGGGUUUGGUCAAUCUUAAAAUGCUUACUUUGGCAUCGAAUAGAAUGAGUCAAAUAAGCAUUAGGGCCACUAUGUUCAGAGGACUGACAGCCUUAGAAAGUCUUGAUUUGAGUUGGAAUCGUAUUAAAUAUCUACAUUAUGGUGAACUUAAAUCCCCACCCUUUUCUCUUCUGCCGUCACUCAAGAUCCUGAUCGUCUCCGCUCAGCAUCCUUUUGGAAUGUUGAAUAUACCAUCCAACUUUCUUCAUGGUCUGACAAAUUUAUUGGCGUUCAGCGCAAGGAGUCUUAACAUUAAGACCUUUCACCCAGACACAUUCAACAACACACCACAGUUGUGGUCCCUUGACAUCAGCCUGAAUGAGUUCACAGCCCUGAGCAAGGAGUUGUUUCACCCGAUCCCACGACUCAACAGGCUAUACCUGUCUAAAGCCCAACUUCAGUCUUUAGAUUUUCUCAUAGGAGCCAACCUCACUCAACUCAGUUACUUACAGGUGAGAAAGAAUGACUUUACAGUAGUCAGUGAGACAAUGAUACGUUCUUUACCUGCUUUAGUUUACUUGGACCUGCAAGACAAGACUUUCACCUGUGACUGCAGCAAUGCUUGGUUUAUCCAGUGGGUGACAACAGAAAACCAAACGCAGGUUGUUGAUGCAUAUGACUUUACCUGCAACUAUCCGGUCAGUCUAGGAGGUACCAAACUGUUGGACCUUGACACCCACUACUGUUCAGUAGAUAUAGGAUUCUUCUACUUCAUCUCCUCCACUUCUCUGGUCCUCUUAACCUUGCUGGGGUCCUUUAUCUACCAUCUCCUGAGAUGGCAGGUGGUCUACGCCUACUAUCUCUUUCAGGCUUAUCUCUAUGACACAAAGCGGAGGAACGUCCGUGUGAUUCAUCAGUAUGAUGCCUUUGUCUCCUACAAUGGCCACGAUGAGCCCUGGGUCCUGAGGGAACUUCUGCCAGAGCUGGAGGGAAACCAAGGCUGGAAGCUGUGUCUGCAUCACCGUGACUUCCAGCCAGGCAAACCCAUCGUAGACAACAUCACAGACGCCAUCUACGGGAGCCGCAAGACCAUCUGCGUGAUCAGCCGUCACUACCUGGAGAGUGAGUGGUGCUCCCGGGAGAUCCAAGUGGCCAGCUUCCGUCUGUUUGAUGAGCAGAAGGACGUUCUGAUCCUGGUGUUUCUGGAGGAGGUCCCAGACCAGCAGCUCUCCCCCUUCCACCGGAUGAGAAAGCUGGUGAAGAGACACACCUACCUGAGCUGGCCCAGAGCUGGGGAGCACACCGGAGUCUUCUGGCAGAAACUCCGGGUGGCUCUGGAGACCAGGGACUGCCUUGCUGAGGAGAACCCCAUCCUGUCUGGGGUGGAUAGAAAAUGA